UGUCGUUUUUUUCAAGAAGACGACCAAAGACGCUUCUUUUUUCCCUCUUUGCUUCUCGCCGGACUCCAUCGCUUCUCUCUCCCUCUCUCUCUUGCUCCGUUGAUCCUUCUCCUCAGCCCUUCUUGCUUGCUUCUCCGGCGAUACGGCCUUUCCUGCUCUCAAUUUUGGUGGGAGUGUUUCAAUUUCUAGGUUCGUAUCGGUUGCGGUUGGGGUGCUUUGAGGUUUUGGUGCUUGGAUGGCGUUGUUCUUGGAUGAACUCAUUCGGUCGGUGGAGCAUUUGGUUGAAGGUCGGAAGAAGCAGCAACCUCUUGUGGACCCUGAUCUUGAUCCUGUGCUGCUUGUCCCCGGGAUCGCCGGUUCGAUACUGCACGCUGUUGAUGAUGAUGGGAAGGAGGAGCGCGUCUGGGUUCGGAUUCUUGGCGCUGAUCAUGAGUUCCGGACUAAGCUCUGGUCCAGAUUUGAUCCGUCCACUGGCCAAACAGUGUCCUUGGAUACGAAGACAAAAAUUGUUGUACCUGAAGACAGAUAUGGACUAUACGCAAUCGACACCUUGGACCCUGACAUGAUUAUUGGAUGUGAGUGUGUUUACUAUUAUCAUGAUCUGAUUGAGGAAAUGAUCAAAUUGGGAUACCAAGAGGGCAAAACCCUCUUUGGAUUUGGAUAUGACUUCCGUCAGAGCAAUAGGCUUCAAGAAACCAUGGAUAAGUUUUCUGCCAAGUUAGAAUCCAUACAUGCUUCUUCUGGAGGGAAGAAGAUAAAUAUUAUAACUCACUCUAUGGGUGGUUUGCUUGUGAAAUGCUUCAUGUGCCUGCAUGGCGAGAUUUUUGAGAAGUAUGUAAAGACCUGGAUUGCAAUUGCUGCACCAUUUCAAGGUGCACCUGGAUAUAUUACCGCUAGUCUUCUAAAUGGAACAUCCUUUGUAGAAGGCUGGGAACAGAACUUUUUCAUAUCCAAAUGGAGCAUGCACCAGCUGCUGAUUGAAUGCCCAUCCAUAUACGAGUUAAUGGGUAACCCCAGUUUCUCAUGGGAUGUCACUCCACUUCUGCAAAUAUGGAGAGAGAAGGAUGAUGGUAAUGGUGGUUUGAGAGCUUUGCUGGAGUCAUAUGAACCAAUGGAGGCUCUAGAUAUAGUGGCUAAUGCUCUUUCAAGCAACACGGUUUCUUACAAUGGCUUGCAGCUUCCAUUACCAUUGAACUUAGAGAUCUUACAAUGGGCUAAUAAAACUCGUGAAAUAUUAUCGAGUGCCAAGCUUCCUGCAUCAGUAAAAUUUUACAACAUAUACGGAAUUAGUUGUGACACAGCUCACAGUGUUUGCUAUGGAAGCGAGCUGACACCAAUUUCUGAUCUGAAACAACUGCUACCAUGCCAGUCAAAGUACAUCUGCGUAAAUGGUGAUGGAACUGUUGCGGCAGAAUCAGCCAAGGCAGAUGGACUUAAUGCACUGGCAAGAGUUGGAGUUCCUGCUGAUCAUCGUGGAAUAAUCUGCGACCGCCAUGUUUUCAGAAUACUCGAACACUGGCUGAAGGCAGGAGAACCUGAUCCAUUCUACAAUCCACUCAAUGAUUAUGUAAUCCUCCCCACGGCUUUUGAGAUCGAAAGACAUUCCGAAGAAAACAAGGAGGUGGCAUCUGUCAAAGAGGAGUGGGAGAUCAUAUCCUCAAACUGCGAUAACUCAAGAGAACUUCCACCCUUCAUAGGUGACUUAUCAGUCAAUGCUUAUGUCGACGGGAAGGAACAAUCUCUCGAAGAGGCACGGGCAACCAUUGUUGUGCAUCCUCAGAGCAAUGGAGUUCAAAACGUGGAACUACAAGCAGUGAGCGUUGCCACUGUGGUAUGAUGAUGCUGUGUGGUUGUACAGUUAUGGAAAUUAUGGAAUGUGAAUAUAUAUAUAUAUAUAUAUAGUUGCAUGUGCUGUGUAUAUAAUUUGGACCAAAAGAGGUACAAGAUGGGGAAAUAUUAUGCUGAAAUUCACAAUGCUAAAGGGGUGUAUAUAAAUAAAUCUGGUAUGGGAGAACUUAAACAGGUAAGUACUGGUGGAAUUUAAUGAAGUUAUGUGUGCUUGUGUGUUUAUCAA